AUGGUCUUGAUUGCCGAAAAAAUGACACUCCUUGAGCCUUCACCAAUGACAUCAUGUCUCGAUGCAUGUAGAGUUCAGCCUUGCGGGAUUACUCGGCAUUGUCUCCAUGCAACAAGACUGCCUGCGCAUCUUAGUAACUUGCUCAGAUGUACAUUGACAAACCCCCUCCGCUGUGGUCUGAAUGAUUCAAGGAUACCGGAAGGCUGA